AUGGUGGUCAGUUCCUCUCAGCAUGACGCACCCAGGCGUCUCGUAGACGAGCAGGAUGUCUUCGAGAGCAACACCGACGCUCUCGAAGGUCAAAAGUCUGAGCCUAAGGCCACCGUUACCCCCCUCCCAAAGGCCCAGCUCUUCACCCUCUGUACUGUAAGACUGGUCGAUCCCAUCGCAUUCACACAGAUUUUCCCUUAUGUCAACGAGAUGAUGGAGCGGCUACGCCUCACCAACGAUCCGUCGAAGAUUGGUUUCUACAGUGGGAUGGUGGAAAGCAGUUUUGCCAUCUCUCAGCUGUGUUGCAUAUACCACUGGGCACGCCUUUCCGAUAGAAUAGGUCGUCGCCCGGUGGUUCUCGUCGGUGUUGCUGGAAUUGGGUUUGCUACUAUCUGUUUUGGCUUGUCGCACACUCUUACUGCUGUUUUGUUCGCUCGCUGUCUGGCCGGUAUAUUCUCUGGCAACAUCGCAGUUGUCCACUCCGUUCUUGGCGAAUUAACCGACUCUACCAACCAAGCGACCGCCUUCCCGAUUUACGGAUUGUUCUGGCCGUUAGGUGCCAUCGUCGGGCCUCUGCUAGGAGGCACUUUUUCUAAUCCCGCAGAACGAUUUCCGCAAUUUUUCGACUACGAGUUCCUCAAGGCAUAUCCUUAUUUUCUCCCAUGCUUAGUGGCUGGGAUUGUAUCCCUUAUGGGCGCCACCCUCGUAUACUUCUGCCUGGAAGAAACACUGCCGAGUAAACGGUGGAAGAAUGACUAUGUACAAAUGCGGCAAAUGGGUUCAGAACAUAGAGGCGGUGAUCCAGAAAAGCCGCCAGAGCCCAAGAGUCUCAAAUUCUUACUAUCAAUACCCGUCAUCCGUGCCCUGUGCCUCAGUGGAUUCGCUUUGACCUUCCUCAAUACCGGCUUUGAUGUCACAUUUGUACUCUUCUGCUACUCCCCUAUCCAGCGCGGCGGUCUCGCUUUCACGGCGUCCGAAAUCGGGUACUCACUCGCAACAUCGGGCGUGAUCUCCGUGCUGCUCCAGUUGUUCUGCAUGCCGUACCUGCUGCGCAAGGUCGAACAUGCGAAGAUGUACAACUUCUGCAUGGCGCUCUGGCCGUACUGUUACGUGCUCCUCCCCGGCCUCAACCUCCUCGCUCGCGGCGGCAUCGACGAGGCGACUGGCCAGAUCCUCCCCGCAUCGCGCGCGUUCAUCUGGAUGGGCAUCGCCGGCCUGCUGUCCAUCGCGAAGGUCGCGGGCUUGGCGUUCUCUAUCAGCAUGAUCCUAGUGAAGGACGCCGCCCCCGAUCCUGACUCCCUCGGGGCCACUAACGGCCUCGCACAGUUCGCGAUGUGCUUCGCCCGCUCAUUCAGCCCCGCGUUCGCGAGCUCGCUUUUCGCGUUCUCAAACAGAUAUGAGUUCAUCUUGCUCCGAUACCUGUGGGUCCUGGUAAUGGUGAUCUUAUCCUUCCUCGGCACCACGCUAUCGCGCCGCAUCGCGGAGAUUAGAAAGACGUCGUACACUUAA